GUCUUAUUUCCUACUCUAUCUUUUCUUUUCCUUGUUUCCUUUGUCUUCUUCUUUUCUGGGGUUUCCUUUCAGCAAUUCCAAGAUCAUAAUGUCUUUCUCAAUCAUAAGCGUUCUCGUCGCGGCGCUCGCACUUGGCGGCGUCUCAGCUCUCCCCACUGAGUUUAAGCGUGCCAAUAAUUCCACCCCUCCUGCUGUCGUCGACAAUACUCAGCUGCUCAUCGAUAUUGUGCAAGCUCCAACGGCAAUCAAGAAGUUCCAGAAGAUCUUGACGGUUGACGGCGCGGGGGAGGAACUCCUAUCGGGCGAUGCCCUGAAGGCGCGUGUUGUCUUCGACUUCAAUGGGGCCACGCCUGCCACCGGUGCUACUGGGGGCGCACUAAAAGCAGCAAACGGCGAAACCUUCCCCGUCAGCAAAGGCCUCGGGAUCUCAACCACCCUCGGGUUUCUCGACCCAUGCGGAUUAAACACCCCCCACAUCCACCCCCGCGCCACCGAGUUCCUCACCGUAGUCGAAGGCGAGCUCAUCUCCGGCAUGGUCCUCGAAAACAACCUCGUCACAGGCGACAAGCAAGAGAUCACUACCGACCUUCAGCAAUUUCAAGGCACCGUCUUCCCCCAGGGUAGCUUCCACUACCAAUUCAACCCUUCCUGCGACAACAAGGCCACAUUCGUCGCCGCUUUGAGCUCUGAUGACCCAGGCACCACGCAGAUCGCCCAGAAUGCCUUCCUCCUCGACCCCGAUGUCGUCUUGGAUGCUGCGGGGAUCCUGCCGGAUAAGAUUAGUGCGGAGGAGUUUGAGAAGUUCCGCAAGGCGCUGCCGGUGAAUGUGGCGACGGCUGUUAAUGCGUGUAGGGUGAAGUGUGGGAUGACAUUUUAGGGGCAUUGACUGAGGGCUUUGGGGGCAUGGGGGGUUGAUUGGGAAGGGCAUUUCGUGGGGUCUUGGUUUUGCAUUGCUCUGGCGUUUUGGUUGGUGCUUUUUGCGAGUUUGAUGAGUAUAGACCUUUCUUGACAGUCAUUACCCAGAGUUGCUUUUACUUCAGUAUUCGGCUUGUAGUGUAGUCAGCUAGCAUAUGAUAAGGGGAGAAAGUGUGCGGAGUGC